AUGUACAGACAGGCCAACGAGGAGCUUCCCCACGAACUCAUCCUCUCCAUACAACGCGUUCUUAAUAUCCAUCCAGGUCCGGACUCUGACCCUCUCGACGCGCUUACGGAUGAUUUCAACUCAGUCGACGUUCUCAACAGAUACUUUCCCGAUGAGGCAUCUCUGGGUCAGAUAGAUGCUGUCCAAGCGCGUCUCGCGCAGGACGAGCAGGACGUUCGGGACGAGAUCACUGCACUACAAGAGGAGCUGAGGCUACAACAGGACCCGAAUAAGAUGCAGCUCAUCCAGGAAAUGAUCUCUGACCUUCUUGGGCAGAUGUCACGCAUCAGGGAGAAGGCGACGGAGUCAGAAGCCAUCGUCCGCAACAUCACGCAAGACAUACAGGUCCUCGAUCUCGCGAAGAAGAAUUUGAUCCUGAGCAUGACCACGCUCAAGCGCUUGCAGAUGCUCGUGAACGCGCUUUCUCAACUCGAGGACUAUGUCAAAGACAGGAAAUACGCGGAAAUCACUCAGAGCCUUGCAGCCGUCAAGCAGAUCUCCACGUCGUUCAAGCCUUAUACCUCCGUCCCACGCAUCGCGCAGUUGUGGAGGCAUAUACAAGCAAUUCAAGGUCAGAUCAGGACCAUGAUCGAAGCUGACUUUGAUGCUUACUAUCUCCAAAGUUCCUCCGCCCCCAAAGCGCACACGAUCACCAAUGCCAGCGCUGCUGCAGAUAUUCUGGGCGCCGAUGUUCGUAUAGCACUCACAGAACGAUACACCGCGCUGCUUCUGGCCGAGUACAGACGCGUCUUCCGGUUGACAGACGAGGCGGGCCAGUUGGACAACAUCGCGCGGCGCUUCGCGUGGUUCAGACGACUGCUGAGUAUGCACGAGGGCGGUCUUGGACGCGCAUUUUUGGAAGAGUGGCGAGUUGGCUGGUGGCUAGUUGGCGGGUUCGUCGAUAUCACUCGAGGCGAUAUGACAGCGUUAUUGUCUAAGGCGGGUAAAGAUCUUACCGUUAGUGUGCUCCUCGACGCGUUGCAGCAGACGAAAGACUUCGAAUUGUCGAUGGCGAGGAAAUUCGCCACGCCGUUUCAGGAAAUUCUCCAAGCCACCUCAACCACGCCGACGCGUCCAUUACAGUCCAUCAGCUCUGCCUUUGAUCCCCAUAUGGGGGUAUACGUCGACGCACAAGACAAAUCUAUCGCCGACAUGCUCGCUGCCCAUCGCGCCUCUCGCUCUCGGGUUUCGUUAGAUACGGCGCAGAGCACAACAGCAUCCGAGGAUGGCGACGCACCUACGGCGAGCGUGCUCCCCUCUUCCACCGAGCUGUUCUACUUCUAUGGGCAGACGCUAGAAGGCUGUGCCAAGCUGUCGACCGGGAAACCUCUGUUCGACUUGUGUGAGGUGUUCCGGAAGUGGUUACGGGUAUAUGCAGGUGCGUCAUCUGCGAAAGAUGGUAUGCCUAGGUUUUCACUUCAGGGCCGUCGAUCUACCGAUGCACGGUGGGAUAUCAACGAGGUGAAGAACGCGUGUUUGAUCAUCAACACCGCGGACUAUUGCCAGACAACCGCCCAGGAGCUCGAGGAGAAAGUGCGUGAGAAAGUUUCCGGACAAUACAAGGAGAGGAUAUCGCUACAGGCUGAAUGUGAGCUCUUCAUGAGGUCCGUGUUUUCCGCGAUCUUGCUCCUCUUGCGCGAGCUCGAAGCAGCAUGCGAGCCUGCACUGCAGACGCUCGCGCGCAUGAACUGGGGCGCGCAGAACGAACACGUCACUGGCCAGUCGACAUUCGUCGACGAGCUGGUUCGCGGGCUCGAAGCCGUCGCGGAGGCCGUGCGCCCACUUGUGGAGGGUAAGAAGUACGUUCGGAACUUCUUCGAUAAGGCCGCCAGCUUGGUCAUCGCGAGAUUUACCAAUGCGCUUGUGAGGAGUCGACCGCUGAGAGAGAACGGGGCCGAGCAGGUUCGUGGAUUCUCAGUUGGACUGUUGAUCGACCUAUCGACACUGAAAGGAUGCUUGUUGAAACUGCCUGGAGAGCAGUUAACGACGUCUGGGUACACACGAAGUAUCACGAAGAGCACGCAGCGGCUUGAAUCGUUGCUUAAAGUCAUUGUGACGCCUCAGGAUCCUGCGGAGGGCUUCAUACUGAACUAUACCCUGCUUAUCGGCGAUGCUUCAUUUUCCAACUUCCAAAAGAUCCUUGACCUCAAGGGAACGUCGCGCAACGAGCAGAACGAUCUCCUCGACUCUUUCGUCACGAGCACAAGCACGAAGCCAGAACUCGAGCAGACGUCCUUCCUUUCCUCGCUGGACAUGGACCCGCCCGCAAGCGGCACGGUGCUGCAGCUGCAGACGUCAACCUCCCCCGGCGGCAGCCGCGUCUCGCUGCCCGGGCUGCUCGCGGGCCCCGGCCCUGCGGAGGGGAUCCUCGCCGCGCUCAGCUCGCCGCCGCUGAGCGGGACGCCGUCGGGCGCGGAGACGCCACCGCGCGCGGACGGGCAUGCUCCGGCGGGGAAGCGGGAGGUAUUCUCGGACUUUCGGAGGUUCGUGAGCUUUGGGCUACGGAGGGACACGGCGCCGCCCUCGUGA